AUGAAGCUCGUCGAAAAGGUUCUGCUGCAGUUGGUUUCGGUGUGCAUCCUGAUGGCCUCCGCUGUCGUCUGCAUUCGAGUUUUUUCCAACGUCAACUGCUUCUUGAUGGCUGAGGGUGGAGGUCUUGGCAACAUUCCAUCUGCGGCUUCUUCUGAUUCCUGGAUGAGUGACGACGCUCCGGAUAUGGCCGUUGAAGGUGAAAUGGAAAUUUCGAACAAUCCGCCUCCGAUAGUUCUGGAAGAGCGGACCGUGAAGUUUCCACCAAUUGCUUCGGAUUUCAUCCGUUCUUUGGAAGGAGCGGAUCCUGAAACUUGGCAUCGCUUGAUUGAAUUCAUGAGCGUUAUCAGAAGCGAUUUUCUCUACGAAAAGACUGUGGAUGGAGCUCGGAUCUCGAUUAGCCGAAAACGUGCGAAGUUGGCUGAAGCUGAGGAGGAACAUGCCCUCCUGAUUCGUUCGGAAGAAGAUCUACGUUCGGAUAUUGAUGCUCGUCGUAAGCUGAUUGAGGAUGCUGACCGUUUGUACGGUAUUGCCGUUACCAAAUUGUCUCGAGCUUUUGAUGCCGUUACUCUGAAUGAUCGCAACACCUUUUUGAAGAAGAUUCAUUCUGGAGAAGAGCUGUUAAUUGCUCUGAAGGAUGGAGAAUCUUAUCAUGUUUCUGAUAAUGUUUGUGAAAUUCGCGUUGGUGGAUCUUUCAUUCGUUUCGGGACUUCUGACGAUCUGAAAAGAUUUUGGUUCGCGAGAUCUGCUAUGGAUGCCCCAGUUGCGUCGGAUGUUUCGGUGGUUCUUAAGCCUGUUGUGUCAAACGACGCGAAGAAGAUUGAAGAUUUUGACAAUCGUGUUCGGGCUAUUGUGAAGGGAACGUUUAGUCCUACUGCCCACAGAGCUUCUUCUUUGGCUAAAACUUUGAGGGCUCCUAACAUCCCCCCUGCCAUUCAGGCUGACGUGAAACCAUGUUCUUCGGAUUCUUUGACUCAAGAGCGAUCUUUCCGUCAUUGGAGUUUUAUCUUCUCCGUCUCGAAGUUUAUGCCCGACAAUCCGCCCGCUUAUUUUGCGAACGUCGCGGCCAACAUGAAUUUGACUGACUCUGUUUAUAACGAGUUAACGAGGGGAGAUGUAAAGGUACCCCUGCCAGUACCUGGCACCAUUGUGGCUGAUUUUAAUUUCUCUACUGCGUCGUUGCCCUGGUCGAUGAGCGGCUGGUCGUUAACUUGUGGGGACGGUACCUUAAGCGCCACUCAACUAAAGGAUCGAAUUUACAGUGACCUAAAGUUGGAUGCUACUUUUGUUUUCUAUGCUGUUUUUAUCAGAGGGGGAACUAAUGAUAUCAAACAAUUGAUAUUAAUUUUUGCUAUGGGUGCUUCACCGCCUUGUAAUAAGAAGGGUCGGUUUGCUCCGUUGCUUAUGAAAACUGAUGAUCAAGGUAUUCCUCUUCUUCCAUUAUCUUUAAGGGAAAAUCAGAUGGUUGAGGAGGGUCGUCCAUUUGUUUUGGGUGUUGAGGAGCAGAUGGAAGCUGGGCGCAUUUAUCAAUAUGCCCUUUAUUCCAAAUUGCAAUCUUUAAUCGGGUUUUUGAAUAAGAGUGAUGUAAAGCAUCCUGGAUGGAGGGUUGCUUUGAGUUUUGCUAAAGAUAACAGCAUUUGUGUUCGGAUUGGGUUAAGUUGGUUGGGGGACCCUUCUGAUUUUCCUAUUCAUGUUUGUUGUGGUCGUGCUCCUUACUGGGAUGCUUAUGGCAACAUUGUAAAGGGAGUACAUCCAUUCAAAUAUCAUAUUCAUUGUGGGAAAUCUGGUAUCGUUGAUAAGUGUUUUGGGAGGGCAAAGUAUUUCAUUAAUAAGCGUUUGGAAGGUGCUGAUGGAGAUAUCUUCAGAACUUUGCAAUCUUCUCCUCGGUUUUUCACGGAUGACUGCUUCGUCAUGGAGUGCCUGACAUACAAGCCACACGACUUCGACCAGCGUACGGAACCUCCUACAGAGAAUGGGUUUUAUGUUGUGGGAAAGAAGGGUCUUCAUUUCGUGAAAUCUGAUGAAUACCUUGGUGUCAUUUCUGAGGGGCAUGUUUAG